UGCUGGCUUCUCACACUCUUUUACGAGCCAUCCUACCUUCAGCUCCAGUUAUCUGUGAGAGAAUGGGAAAAGUUCAUCAGGAGGAUAGCAAUGUCAAAGAAAAGAACAGCGAGUUUAGCUUAGUAAGGGUCAAAGGUACAUGGAAAAGCAAAUUGGGCAUGAAGAUCAAGGACACUUUUGAUUGUGUCUCUGCUGCUAAAAUAUAUGAAAGCAUCACAGAGAAAGGCACUUCUUGGACAGUGGUCAGCCCAAUCACCUUUACUUACAAGGUCACUGAGACUCAUGGUUUGCUGGACUCAAGUAAUGACACUCUUCUUCUUGGCCAUAUCACCGACCCACAGCAAAUAGAGGACAUUAAAAGAUCAAACAAGCCAAUUAGGCGAUUUGUGGUCAUUGAUCAGGAAGUCUACAAAAUCUAUGGCCCCAAGCUGACUGAAUACUUAGAAGCUAAUGAUGUGGUUUAUAAAAUCUUGGCUCUUUCCACCACAGAGGAGAAUAAAUCAAUGGAAACUGCAUUGAAAAUCCUUGAAGAAGUUAACAACUUUGCCCUGGACCGCCGCACGGAGCCCAUCAUUGCUAUUGGUGGAGGUGUUUGUUUAGACAUAGUCGGUUUGGCUGCUUCACUGUACAGGAGGCGCACUCCUUACAUCAGGGUCCCAACCACUCUUCUUUCCUACAUUGAUGCCAGCGUAGGGGCAAAGACUGGUGUUAAUUUUGCAAACUGCAAGAACAAGUUGGGUGCUUACAUUCCACCUGCUGCUGCUUUUCUUGACCUGUCAUUCAUGCAAAGUGUUCCAAGGAGACACAUCUCCAAUGGUUUGGCUGAAAUGUUGAAGAUGGCUUUGAUGAAGCACAAGGGCCUUUUUGAGCUUCUUGAGGAACAUGGCUGUAUGCUCUUAGACACCAAAUUUCAGGCUGGCAACAAUGUAUAUGGACACAACAGCGUAAAGGUUGCAUCUCAGACAACCCAAAUAGCAAUUAUAACUAUGCUGGAAGAGCUUGCUCCAAAUCUUUGGGAGGACGACCUUAACAGACUUGUUGACUUUGGUCAUCUUAUAAGUCCAGCAUUAGAAAUGAAAGUACUCCCGUCCCUGCUGCAUGGUGAGGCAGUCAAUAUCGAUAUGUCUUACAUGGCUUAUGUGUCUCAUGAGAGUGGCCUAUUGACUGAGGAAGAGAAGCAAAGGAUCAUCAACUGCAUGGUGGGACUUGAGCUUCCUGUCUGGCAUGAAGAGUUUACAAUGGAGCUGAUACAGAAGUCCCUGCAGGACAGACUGAAACAUUCGGGUGGCCUUGUCAGAAUGCCUCUACCUAUCGGUCUUGGACAAGCAGAAAUCUUUAACAACAUAUCAUGUGACACCCUACAGAAAGCUUAUAUCAAGUGGUGUGAAGAGCUGAGUGUCUCCUCUGAUAGCACCUGUGAUGCUUGAUCUUCACAUUCCUCUGCUCCAGUAAUAUGUUUAUAUUUAGACAAUUAUAUUUGGUGUUUGGUAGGGUAAUGUUGUUCAAAUUAUCCUGGUGAAGCAAUGUGCUGUAGUUAAAGGAUGACAUAAAACAAAUAUAAAGGCACAAAAUUAUAACGUUAUACUUGAUAAUGAGUAUUUGUAGGCUCGAGACUGUAAAUAUCAUUUUCUGAAAAAAUAAAACACAUCAGCACACAUAGCAGCUAUUUCCUCUGUAAGUGUUAAUGACGAAUGGUUACAGCAUUUCUUGACUUUAUUUUACAUAUUUUCAAAAUAAGUUUAAUGGAAUCAUCAAAUUGUGUUUUUGAGUGGUUUAACUCUAAUGUAAAUUACACAUUUGAACUUGUUAUUUCGGGGAAGCAGAUUUAAAUAAUGCUGUAAGAAGUUGGUUUGGUAUAAUCUUGUUUGUGGCUAAAAAUGGGAAACAUACUCCAUUAAAAGAUUUCAUUCA